AGGACGUACAAGUGGUGCGACGGUCCACUUGGAAAUGCCGCGGUGAAGUGAGAAGAGGCAUGCAGGCAGCGGCACAACCUCGCGCUUUUACAAUUACAAGACAUAGUAGCAAACAACUGCUGUGCAAAAGAUGGAAGACGAUUUGCAGAAUCAAAAUCCAGUACCUCAUGUCCUUCUCCACGAACAAGAGAUUGCCACCCAAAGAAUUAUCCAGGCACAGAGCCAGAGAGAUGCAGCUGCUGGACCUCCGUCUAAGGAUGGCACUGACGUUUUCUCGGAGCGGCCUGAUCCCAAUGCUCUGAAAGAGCAUCUACUGAAAAUGACUGCAGAGCACCGUGCUGAAAUGGCUUCUAAGCGUGGCAAGCCUACCCCUCCUGAACAAGGUGACAUAGAAAUUGGAAAUGGGUAUGGUGUACCAGGUGGAGGUGCUUACUAUAAUGCUUCAGGGCCUAAUAUUGCUGCACCUGAUAAAAAAGCAGGUUAUGAUUUCAUGCCUUUUAAUAUUUCAAGAAAUUUGGGACUUGUAAAUAAUGAUGUAAGGCAGAAAAAUUCUGAGCUUUGUGGAGGAUCACAAAUAAAGGCUGCAUCUAAAGACUUGCCUGAGUACCUUAAGCAAAAAUUGAGAGCAAGGGGCAUUCUCAAAGAUGGUGCAGCGAAAGAUGAUCUAUCAAGAUCUGAUAAUAACUUGAAGACCAGUUCACCUCAGCUCAUGGCAAUUGAGAAGUUGCCUCCUGGGUGGGUGGAAGCAAAAGAUCCUUCAACUGGUGCUUCAUAUUAUUAUAAUGAUGGUACCGGAAAGAGUCAGUGGGAAAGACCUGUAGAAACAUCUUUGAGUGCUCAGGUUCCAUUUGCUACACAACUUGUGGGAGAUUGGGUGGAAGCGGUAGAUGAAACAACAGGGCACAAAUAUUUUUACAAUACAAGGACCAAUAUAUCUCAAUGGGAGUGCCCUGAUUUAUCGCAGCCGGUUGCAUUAGAGCACCCAGGGAGCAGGUUUUCUGAAAAUACUGUUUAUGGCAAUUUGGCUUCUCAAUCACCAAACCUGGACAAAUGCAUCGGUUGUGGAGGUUGGGGAGUGGGCCUGGUGCAGGUUUGGGGUUACUGCAAUCACUGUACACGAGUUCUCAAUCUGCCACAGAGCCAGUAUUUGUCAACUAUUACAGAUCAGCAGCAGUCUGCAAAUACCAAAGACCGUUAUGAGAAUAAGGCUCCGAAGCAACGAUCCAAUGGGAAAUCUCUUCCGGGAAAAGGAAACAGGAAAGAUAAAAGGAAGCAUGCAUACAACGAUGAUGAUGAGUUGGAUCCCAUGGAUCCGAGCUCUUAUUCAGAUGCUCCCCGUGGUGGCUGGAUUGUUGGGCUGAAAGGAGUACAGCCACGAGCUGCUGACACCACUGCCACGGGUCCUCUGUUUCAACAGCGUCCAUAUCCUUCACCAGGAGCUGUAUUGCGGAAGAAUGCUGAAAUAGCUUCACAAACGAAGAAAUCGAGCUCGUAUUGGACACCUUUAUCCAAAAAAGGGGAUGGGAGUGAUGGCCUUGGUGAUGCUGAUUAAGAUUGUGACUUAAAUGGGACAAAUUUCAUCUUUUGCUUUGCUCAGUUCAGCCUGGUGAUCUAAGUGAGUCACAAUGUAGUCUGUUGUCUCUACUCAUGUGAGGGUGCAAAAUGUUUCAACUUUCAGCAGUCCUGUACAUGCUGUCAAUUCGUAGAAUUUUCAGCUAUUGCCUGGGAUGCAACUAUCAAGUUGAUAAUGAUUAUAUUCAGCUACUAAAAUUGAGAUGGAAGUCCAGUUGGAUUGUAUGGUAAUUAAUGCCUCUACGUCUGCUGCAAAGUGUGUAACAUGCAUAUGUAGAUCCUACUUUCAGCAAGUCAUCAGUCGAUGUCAUGCAUCCAGAGAAAAUAUUUAGGACAGGGUUUAAAAA